AUGAAUGGCAUAGCAUACUGUACAUGCUCUUUAUCAAAUAAUCAAUCAGUCAUGACUUCCGAAACUGGCCUGCCAGAGAACUGGACCAUCCGGCUUUCAAAGUCCAAGGGUCUGCCCUACUACUUCAACACGACGACCACCGAAUCGCGAUGGGAGCCGCCAUCCGACACAGACACGGAUAAAUUAAAGGUCUACAUGGCGGAGAAAUUCUCCACAGGGAAUACCGCCCCUCCGGAGGGAAGUGGUCAGGCCGGGAAGAUUCGGUGCGCACAUUUGCUUGUUAAGCAUAAGGAUAGCAGGAGACCUAGUUCUUGGAAGGAGUCCAACAUCACCAGAACAAAGGAAGACGCCAUGGGGAUUAUCCUAGGCUUCGAAACCCGUAUUAGAGAUCGCUCUACUUCGUUGGCUGAUCUUGCCGUGGUUGAGUCUGAUUGCAGCAGUGCGAGGAAGCGUGGUGACCUCGGCUUCUUCGGUAGAGGCGAGAUGCAAAAGGAAUUUGAGGAGGCCGCAUUCGCCUUGAGGCCCGGGGAUAUGAGCCAUGCUGUUGAGACCGCCUCUGGGAUUCAUCUCAUUGAGAGAUUGGAGUAAAAAAAUAAAAUAAAAACCCCUCAUUUAUCGAUUUCCCCAUGAAAACCUUUCUCUCUUCGCCUUCGACUGAGUUUAUGUCCUGUCAUGUUAUACCUGGAACCAGCCGGUGCAGAUAGUCAGCUAGUUCGUUCCGAGUAGCAAUCAAAAAGGUUAUUUCCGUC